AUGUCGGCACCUGUAUUACCAGGCGCACAGCCAGGACCAUCCUCGCGACCCACAGCUCCAGCAUCCCAACGCGCGAUCGAGAUUCAAAAUGCUCUCAAAUCCAUCGUACUCGAGACAGCUUCCACCUUGCGGUCCAGAACACAGCAAGCUCGCCUUCAUUCACUAUUGCCUUCAUCUUCAGCAGUAGAAACCGUGAGCGAGUCAAGCUCCAGCCUGAACAAGCUGACAACAGAAUGCACGCGAUACUUGUCACUCGUGCACGGGCUUCGAGACUAUCUGUUGCAUGCUCAAGCAGCGUUAGAAAUCGAGCUGGAAGCGGCUACGCAGAGAGAGGCGCAAGAGGCUAAGCGUGCCGCUGAAGCAGCAGCGGAGGCGCUCAAGCGACAGCAAGAGGUGGAAGAGGCUGCAAAGAAGAAAGCAGAAGAAGAGGCGGAACGCAAACGAAUCGAGGAUGAAGAAAGGGCAAGCAAGGCAGGUCCAAUGGAGGCCGACAAAGAGGCUGCAAUUAAUGCAGCAGGCGCAGGAACGAAGCCAGAGGAUGACCCAAUGACCGGCCUUGCAGCCCCGCUGCUGCCCGCAGGCGUCGACAAGAAGGACGAGAAUAGCGAUGUCAAGCAAUUAGAUGCUGGCACAGCGGCAGAUGAUGCUAUUGUCAUAGACAGCGACGGUGACGACGAGGACGACGUUCCACUUGCCUUCGCUCCCAAGGCAGGAGCUGCGGAAGGGGCUAGCAAAACAAUCGACCUCACCCAGUCGCCUGCGCGGUUGAACGCAGCCAAUCCGAUUUCGACUGAUCCUGCCGCGUCGAGCUCAACACAACCAUCCGAAGCCGCUGCGGCCACAACGUCGACAAAACAAGACACAAUAUCGGCAUCAACUGCAGCACCGACUGGGCCCGUGACAGCUGCAGCCACCUUCCCCGGUCUCGAUCUGUCCGCACUCGGAAUCGACGUAUCAUCUCUGAACAACCUGCCGGACCUCUCCUCCCUCGGCAUCCCGUCCCUCAGCAACGCGAGCUCCACCGACACAUCUACCGCCCUCGCCCCCGCCUCGGAUCUCUCCGAGCUCGAAAAGAUGAUGGGCAUCGAUCUGUCCUCCUCUGCCGCUACCGCUAACAACGGUGCGUCCAUCUCGGGCGAUGGCGCCUCCUCCAACACCUUACUGGAUGCGUCUUCGCUGGGCAGCUUUGGCUCGGGUGUAGGGACGGGUGGGUUCGGUGAGGAUACAGACAUGUACGGCUCGGGUUUGGGAGGACUGGAUCUGAGCAACUUUGACUUUUCGAGCCUGGCAGGCGGAGCUGGAGGUGAUGCAUCGGUGGGUGGAAGCGGUGGUGUAGACUUGAGCUCUUUUCUUACUAGUUUUACGUCCAGCACGGGUGAGGAAGGGAACCAGGAAAGCACAAAUUAG